UAUCUAUUCUGUGGUACUAUCUACUAUUUACUGUUCCAGUAUAUUGCUAUAAAGUAAAAUUGUUCUGUGUUAUUACUUACAACUGUAGUAUUCGUAUAUUUAAUAUUAUUGUAGAAUCGGAGCAUUCAGCAUUACAGCAUUGUGAAAAUGACAAUAUAUAAUUAUAAAUAAGCAAACUGUUAAAUUCAAAACUGGUUCACUGUUGUUAGAACAGAACAAAAUUAAUUAUGUCGCCAAAAAAACGACGUGGAGGUUCAAGAGGUCGUGGUAGAGGUAUAUCAAAAAGAAGAGGCCCAAAACCACGUCAACCUAUGUCUCCAGACACUGCCACUGCAGAUGAUACCGAUGCUGAGGGUACAUCCACAGAUGGUAAUGUGUCUUUCAAACAGGUGAUGUCACCACCACAUUCACCAUCCAGGAAAAAACAUGCUGACUACAAUGAAGAAAGAGAGCUGUCGUUACCUCGACUAAAACCUAUUGUCAUUCCAGAAAAUUCUACCUUUCUGUCAUUGCUGAGCCGGGAUAUCAAUUCUGACUAUAUAAUGACGGAUGAUGAAUUGGACCAUGUUCAAUGGGAUCUUGAAGCAAUGUUGACUAAUGUUAUCAUUCGCAGAAAUACUAUAAGAGACGAACUAAGCACUUUUGCAUCGAUGCAGUUUGCUCGUUCCUUACAUAGGAUGGCUAAGAACCCCAAACUUCCUACAAUUAGACCAAGAGCAGCUGCAGAAAUAUCACCCGUGAAUGAAUGUCGUAAGAUGAAGGUUGAAUUUGAUCCUACUAGCAAAGAGUUGCCACCAAGCAAAACUGAAUCAGCAAAUAAAUUUUGGUCCCUUGUUGAACCAUAUCUGAGUCGUGUAAAGAAAGAAGAUCUUAAAUGGUUAGAUGAUCUAGUUAAAUCGUAUUGCACCAGUAAAAAAUUGUAUGAAAUACCACCUUUGGGUGAACAUUAUGCGAAAAAUUGGGCUAAAGAAGAGCUAGAAAUGCAAAAAAACCAAUCAUCAUGUUCUCCACGUCCGCCUAAAAAACUUAAAUUCGCUGAACGUAUAGCACCCGAUGUUGUAGAACUAGUGGAUAAAGCUAAUUCUGCUAUAAAUGAUGGUAAUGUAUACACACCAGUUUAUCAAAGAGUUGUAACAGCUCUUAUGGAUCAUUCAAAUAUGUCUUUAGAGGAUGCAGAAGAACAUUUUUCAGAAUUUGAUGACGUUGAAGAAAAACCACAAGAAAUGAGUAAUGUUUGUAAGGAAUUUUAUGCAGAACAAAAUGUCAAGAAACAAUUGCAUAAAUUGGGGCUCAUGGGUCGUAAUUCUAAACAGGUACCAUCACCGGAAGAAAUGCUACCUUCUUUGACUAUAGCUGAUGAGGAAAAUGACGAAGUUCUAGAAGAAUUAGUCAAGUGUGAUAAUGCAUUAGCUCAGUUAAGAGAAAUGAACAAGAAUCACUUGACACAUUUAUUAGGAAGAUGUCGUAAAGAUUAUUAUCAACAAAUUAUAAAAAAUAAAAUUGAAAAAGUAAAUAACGAGAUUUUACAUUUUAAAAACCAGCAAAAUGAAUCAUGGACAAAGGAAAAGAAAAUUGCUCAAAUGGCUGAAGAAGAUGAUGAGCUGCAUUUUUUAUUAAACCAACGUGGCACUUUACUUGGGCAAUUGCAAUCAGUGGCAACUGAGUCCUUAUACUUAAGCCCAUUAGUUUCAGAUGAUUCAGAAUCUAGUUAUGAAGACUGUGAACCAUCUAAUGUACAUAUUAAAACUGAACCAUCUGAAAAUGAUACUGACGUAAAAAUGGAUGAUCAAAUAAAUUAUGAAGAAGGCUGUCAUGCUGAAGAGCACGUUGAAAUUAAUAUUAAACAUGAAAUUGUUGAUGACAGAAUGGACUUUGAAGAAGCUAAUGACAUCGCAAAGAAUAAUGAUGUAGAAUAUGAUGAACAUGUUGACAACGCAGAAGUUUUUACUGAAGAAAUAGAAAUAGAAAAAACUGUAAACAAAGAAAAUGAAACAGAAAAGGGUGAUGAAGGCAAAAUUGACCAAGAGAACCAAGAGGAUCAGACAGAGGUGCAAACAACAGAUGUUAACGUCAAUCCACCUGUUAUGAUUAAACAAGAAGAGGAUAAUUGUUCAGAGAAAUUGUCUAUUGAAAGACGGCGUAAGAAGCCUAAAAAAGGAAUCUCAGAAAGUGAACAGACACCUAAAAUUGAAGCAAGAAAACCGAUUAAAAUUAAACAGGAACCGGCUGAUUCUGAUCUUGAAUUAGAUCCUUCGGACGAUAUAACUGAUGGCGUUAAAAGAGAACUUCGGCCUCGAAAGUUAAAUGAGCCGCAUAUUUAUUUUGAGCCAUAUGAUGGAUCCUCAAGUGAAGGGAGUGAUUUUACUGAUCUGUCGGAUUGAUAUUAAUACCAAGCUUGCAACAAGUUGUACACUAACAACUUAAGUAUAGGAGUGGUCUCACUAUUUAUAAUUUAAAAAUUUAAGUCUGAUUAAUUUUUUCAUCUUUAUAAUUUGUACCCAAUGAUAUUAUAUUGUAUCAGAGUAUAAGAUAAGUUAUAUAACUUAGAAAUAAUAAUUAAUAAGAGAUAGAAAUGCAAUGUUUUUUUUUUCAAUUGUAUCCACAUACAAGAGGCACAUAGAUUAUUAUGUAUAGCUUCUAGAUUCAUGUGGUCGGUCAAGUACAUUAUCCAUUAAUCAUAUUUCGUAAUUAUAUAAGUUUCUUUCUGUUUUUAAAAUCAGCCAAGUACUCCAAGAAUAAGUUGAAUUGUAUUAAUCAUUAACAAAAAUAUUUGUGUUUAAGUUUCAUUUAUUAAUAUUUAGUUAUACUUAUGACACUUAAACACUUAAUAUCACGGUAGACUAUAGGUAGACUAUAAUCUACCGUGCUUAAUAUUAAAUCAAACAUGUAUUAUUAUACCCUUUUUACAUUUAUAUACCUAAUUGCAUUUUAAUUUUAAUUUUGUUUUUAUUUAUAUACUUUAUUCUUAGUUAGCACUAUGCAAGUUCAUUUUUUAAUGAAAACAUUAUAUACAUUUUUUCUUGUUAUAAAUAAAGUUUCAAAAGACUAUACAAA